UGGGCUCGCUGCGCUGCGCUCCAGUCUGGUAAGAAGCUUCAUCUCCAAAUAGGAUGACCGUCGGCUUUUGUGGAGGGGACCGCGUUCAGCUCCGUAGCUAGUUCUGGGACACCCGAGCUAUCAGUUGUACCCGAGGGGAGUUUUUAUUAUCAUUAUUAUUGUUAUUAUUAUUGUAGAAAGCCACAAACCGUUCGCUUUUGUGUCUCCAGCGUGGAUUUCCGAUGGAUAUUCCCAUUUGAAGAGGUGUGAUUUCAGCGCGGCAUGUAACAAACAAACAAACAAACAAACCAAAAAAAACACAAGAAGCGCAAGAGAGAAAAAGUAGCGCUCGUAUUGUUAUUCCGACACGAGCACCGUCAGAACUGCUUUGAGAAGCGCCGUAUCUCAUGGAUUACUAAAAGACAAGAGCUGUGAAACCACUCCGGGGCACAUCCAUUCAUGAGCUGAAGGCUGAGGUAAACCCUUAGCAGAGGACCAGCAGCAGCAGCAGCAGCAGCAGUGUUGGUGCGACCAUGAGGUCAGAGGCCUUGUUACUCUACUUCACGCUACUGCAAAUAGCCGGGGCGGGCUUCCCCGAAGACAGCGAGCCCAUUAGCAUCUCACACGGCAACUACACAAAGCAGUAUCCAGCGUUUGUAGGCCACAAACCUGGCAGGAACAACACCCAGCGGCACAAACUGGACAUCCAGCUCAUCAUGAUCAUGAACAGGACGUUAUACAUCGCUGCCAGGGAUCACAUAUACACGGUGGACACGGACACUGCCAACAGUGACGAGAUCUUUUUCAGUAAGAAAAUGACAUGGAAGUCCAGACAGGCCGACGUCGACACUUGCAGAAUGAAAGGGAAGCAUAAGGACGAGUGUCACAAUUUCAUCAAAGUCCUCCUGCAGCAAAAUGAUGACACCCUGUUUGUUUGUGGAACAAAUGCUUUCAACCCCUCCUGUCGAACCUACAAGACCGACACCCUGGAGGCUCUGGGAGAGGAGAUCAGUGGGAUGGCACGCUGCCCGUAUGACGCCAAGCACGCCAACGUUGCCCUCUUUGCUGAUGGCAAGCUGUACUCGGCCACCGUGACAGACUUUCUGGCGAUCGAUGCGGUCAUCUAUCGUAGCCUAGGAGACAGCCCGACCCUGCGUACUGUCAAACACGACUCCAAGUGGCUCAAAGAGCCCUACUUUGUCCAGGCAGUCGAUUAUGGGGACUUCAUCUACUUCUUCUUUCGGGAAAUUGCUAUGGAGUACAACACAAUGGGAAAGGUGGUGUUUCCCCGGGUGGCCAGGGUUUGUAAGAACGACCGCGGUGGCUCACCCCGCGUCCUGGAGAAGCAGUGGACUUCAUUUCUCAAGUCUCGCCUGAACUGCUCCAUCCCCGGUGACUCCCACUUCUACUUCAACAUCCUGCAGGCUGUGACGGAUGUCAUCCACAUCAACGGGAGGGAUGUAGUGAUGGCAACCUUCUCCACGCCUUACAACAGUAUACCAGGCUCUGCGGUGUGUGCCUAUGACAUGGAGGAGGUGGCCAACACGUUCACAGGGCGUUUCAAAGAGCAGAAAUCCCCAGACUCCACCUGGACGCCUUUUCCUGAAGAGAAGGUUCCCAAGCCAAGGCCUGGCAACUGUGCCGGCACUCCAUCCAUGGAGAGGUACAAGGUAUCCAACGAGUUCCCCGAUGACACACUCAACUUCAUCAAGAUGCAUCCUCUGAUGGACGAGGCCGUGCCCUCCAUUACUAACAGGCCCUGGUUCCUCAAGACCAUGGUCCGGUAUCGUCUGACACGAAUCGUUGUGGACAACGAAGCGGGCCCCAACAGGAACCACACUGUUGUCUACCUGGGAUCUGAGAAAGGCAUCAUCCUCAAGUUCCUGGCCAAGAUGAACAAUGGCUUCCUCAACGAUAGCCUGUUUCUGGAGGAGCUCAACGUCUACAACCCUGACAAGUGCAGUAUUGAUGGGGUGGAGGACAAGCGCAUCAUCGGCAUGCAGAUAGACAGCAAGAGUCACGCUCUGUGGGUGGCCUUCACCUCCUGUGUGGUUAAAGUGCCGCUGUCUCGCUGUGAAAGACAUGGAAGAUGCAAGAAGUCUUGUAUAGCCUCCAGAGACCCGUACUGUGGUUGGGUGUCAGAAGGAGCCUGCAAGCAGGUGGUUGGCAACAUCAAAUCGGCCUUUGAGCAGGACGUGGAGCAUGGUAACACAGAUGGCCUGGGAGACUGCCAAAACACCUUUGUGGCGCUGAACGGCCACCAUCACCGCCACCAUCACCACACCCUCUCACUCCCCACCUCGGCCCUACCCGAGGCCGCCGAGGGCCCCCUGGGGCGGGGCCGCAUGGUGGAGCGGAAGGACCCCCCCAUGAGCUCAGACAAAGGGGAGGACCCCUACGUAGCCGUGCCCUCUCAGACUCAGCCCGAAGCCAAUGACGGCGUCUUUGUGCGGCGGCCUGGAGUCAGAGGUGUGAUCCGUGAGAGCUACCAGAAGGGUCGUGACCAGCUAGUUCCUGUGACCUUGUUGGCCAUCGCUGUCAUCCUGGCCUUCGCCAUGGGCGCCAUCUUCUCUGGCAUCAUCGUCUACUGCGUCUGUGACCACCGGCGGCGGGACAUAGACCUGACAGGCCGCAAGGAAAAGGACAGCCACCACCUCCACUCCCGCCGGGGAUCCAUGAACAGUGUGACCAAGCUGACGGGCCUGUUUGAGACGCAGGCCAAAGACGGUCGGCCCGAGGCGAUCCUCACCCCUUUGAUGCACAACGGGAGACUCACACCGAAUGGGAAGAUGCUGAUAAAAGCAGACCAGCAUCACCUGGACCUCGCUGCUCUGCCUACGCCUGAAUCCACGCCCAUGCAGCCACGGCGUAAGCCCAGCCGGGGAAGCAGGGAGUGGGAACGGAACCAGAACCUCAUCAACGCCUGCACCAAGGACAUGCCACCGAUGGGCUCUGCUGUUAUCUCAGACCUGCCCCUGAGGGCCUCACCAGGGCACAUCCCCAGUGUGGUGGUCCUUCCUCUGCCACAGCAUCAGCACCAGCUGCAGCCUCAUCUGCAGCAGCAUCAGCAGUCCUACCAGCAUGAGUACGUGGAGCAGCCCCACCACAGUGACCUCAGCAUGGGUCACGGUGUCAUGGACGACCAGGGGGCCACUCUGGAGUACAAGACAGUCAAGAGCCCCUGUCACAACCUCAGCAUGGGGGAUCCAGAUGGGGUGCUGCCGCCACGUGUGCCCCAACGAGAGGCCUCUCUCACUAUCCCUCCAGCUGUCCCACAGAUGGGCAAACGUCUGGAGGUCCACUCGUCAGUCUACGGGCUCCGGAAAGGAUCGGCUUCCGGUGCUUGCGGAUCCUCCGCCCUAAAGAAGCACAACACCAACUCCUCUAACUCCUCCCAUUUGGCGAGACAUCACAGCUUCAACCGUGUGGAGACUCCACCCCCUGCACCACAGAGGGUGGACUCAAUACAAAUGACAGCACAGGGCAUAUCUCUGUCACGGCAGCCUGGAAUGAGCUCCUAUGGUUCACUGCCUCGAACGGGCAUCAAAUAUCUCAAGCCUGAUGUCCCCCCCAAACCCUCCGUAGUCUCACUCUCGACAAAAGUCAAGUCCAGUGACUCCUGUACAUAGUCAGCUCGUUAGCCAGUCAGUCCAAUGUGAACGGACAGUAGUGAGAGUUAUUUUCUGAAAGCGAAAAAACAGGGAAUACUGUACAACUUGCAUCUCCUUUUAGUGUUUUUGUUUGUUUUUGGUGUACAGUACAGUGGAAAAUGCAACACAGUUUUUUUAAGGAAACACUUUCUUUUUAUAUAAAUAUGUAAAUAUUAUACAGAUGGUUGUCGUCAUUUGUUGCCGUCAUCGAGCUCUUGCUCUGGCUGCCUCCCAGGUCCUCUGCAAACACACAUGGGAACAUGUGCUACUGAAACAGAGGAGGAUGAUGCUGUCCUGAAUAUUUCAUCUAAUGGCGCCCUGUAGCAUCCAAGGUGGUGGCUCUUUCGUUUGUGGUGUCUUCGGCCACUGGGACUUGACUUGAUACUUUAUCAUGCUGGUAAAAGCACAUAAGAAGACAGCACGGGGGGGUCUGGAGAAUAAUCGUUGUACAGUACCUUAAGGACUGGGAGAACUGAGCGAGCAAGCAAGCACUCAGAGCGACUGAGCUCGGACUGAAAGGACAGACGGCUGCCUGACUUCUGCGAGAAACUGUGAAAAGCCUCUCAGUGUUACAGCAAUCAAGUCCUGCCUGGGUUUGACAGAAUGCCUGGGCCAGAGGAAUCUUCUACUGUACUGGUGACUGAAUAACACAUGACUGUUAAUACUAAUAGCUUGUUGUAUUUAUUUUUAUGAAGUGCUUUUGAAAAAAAAAAAAGACUGACUUUCUAGGCUCAGAGGGAGAGGACAGAGAAGAGACCUUUUAAUAUUAAUUAAUCAAGUGUGAGAAAAAAAAAACAAAAACGUAUUUAAAGUCAUUAAACUGGAGCCCGUAGAACUUUUCUUGAUGACUGAAGGUCCACUAGGUCUUACUGUGUGCUCAGUGGGACCAGCAGCUUGAGAUAUAUGUGACCUCUAUGAAGAGGAGGAGAUAUUUAUUUAAACUGUGCCAGACAGGGACUUUUAACUUCAUGGACCAGAAUUUCCAUUGUUUUAGACCAAUCAUAAAGGAAAAAAAAAAAGACUUCCUGAAUCUCACCCUUUCACUCCUCCAAUGAGCAUACCCCCCCUUCCAAUCAGCACUGUGGUUUUGUGUGAGUCAGUAACAUUUGUCCUGAUUGGUUGCUGGCUUACCGGUGCCAUCGAAGCUCACUGUUGCAUGUUGCAAAUAUAAGAGAAGCAGCUGCAGCAACAGUAUCUGCACACACACACACACACACACACACACACACACACACACACACACACACACACACACACACUUACAUACAAAAAGAAGACACUGCAAGCAAAACGGGGCAAAUGAUGCCUCCAUCUUGGGACCGCAUCGUCUUUUCUCGACGAGCAGGUGAAAAAGAAAACUAUAAAACAUCUGUCUUGCCUGCUUCUUUUUCCACAUGUAAAUUUGUGCCUUACACCCUAAAGUAGUGACAAUGUUUUCUUUACUAGCUGUUAACUUUGUCUCCUUGUAGUAUUUUUUUAUUUUUCUUACAUCAUGAUAUUUCCCUGGUUUGAUAAAAAUGCAAUUAAAGAAUGUAGGUGUUAUUGUUGUAAUUCUGGUCCCUAGACAUAACACACUUACAGUCCAGAGGAAAGAGAGGAAGAGGAAUUUCUUUUUCUUUGUCUCUCUUUCUCACACACAAACACACACACACGCAUUAACACGCGCACACACACACGCACACACUCAUCUUUGUGGUUCAUUUCUGAUUGUGCCAUUAAUGCGCUUAAAGCAACCCUUUAUGUUGUGCUGGCAGUGUCGAUGAAGACGUUGUGAGUGUUGUUUUGAUUUUAUAUUUUAUACAAUUUAAACGUCCUGGUAUUUGUUUUUACUUUUUUUUUUUUGGCUGUCUGUUGGUUUGGAGUGGUGGUUGAUUGACUGAUUAACUGAGCAAUUAACAUUUCUUACUUGAGAAGGCCAAUGUAGGUGUAUCUCUCUGGUGCACUGCAAUAAUAAAAAAAAAUGCAACGUCAACUCUAGCAAAACAUACAGUAUGAGAUAAACAUAAGCACCCAGUGUACCAACACAGUCCUUGUGUGCAUCGUAACACUCAGAGUCAGCAGGCAGUUGCUUAAACAGGCUGGUUCCUGUGAAGCUGACAUUUUAAAACAACAAUAUUAAAAAAAAUUGUACCUUAUUUAACCCCUUUUUGUAAGAAAACACAGUUUUGAUGAAGUCUAGAGUUUUUGUUUUGCUUCACUAACUCUCAUGAUCAAGGCCUUAUGAAUGGCGGAGAGUUUGACUAAUCUGAUCUCUUUUAUUUUGCUUUUUUACUUAAGGAUUUUUAUUGAUCACCCCUCCCCUCCCCUCCAAACACUUAAAUCAGUGGAGCACUCCCUUAGUGUCGUAUGUGUAGAUAGGUAAAAGUUUUCUUGAUAUCAAGCAAUUUUCUGUUUCUCAAUGGAGGAAAGCCAACUAUGUCUCAAUCCACAGUUAAUGUGAGGAGGACGUGUAGGAUCUGUGACCUGACUAUAACGUGUGUACAUAGAUACCCGCAGGGUUUGGUUGCAAAUGACAAGGUCAUGGGCGACCGGUGAGUUCGGGAAGAAGCUGCCACUUCAGAUAGAAGAUCUGGGGUCGGUUGAGACAGAAAGAUAUGAUCUUCAAAGUGCAAAAGGCCCAAGAUUGAUCUGAAGGUGUAUGUUUACUCCAGACUUUCAGAAUACCACUGCUUUGUAGACUAGUUACUGGCCACUACAAGGCCCUGUUUACACCUUGAGGAGCGCAUGAACGAGCAACUUUCCCUGAUCGACAGCUGGAUAUUUUUUGUCUGGAUAUGUUCAGUUGUGCCGACUCCGUGUCCACACCGAAUGUGAACAAUAAAACACGUCGAGGUCAGAAGGUCGAUUUUAGCUGUGGGUGCGUUUAAGAUUCUGUAACAUCCAGUUCCAAGUGGGGUUCGAACCCUUUCAAGACUGGAUUGGGUUUGACUGUGAAGGCUGCUGUGGACAGUGAGGUUCUUUGGUGUGUGCCUUUUUUGUCUCUCACCCUUGUUAUAAUACACUGCUAUUAGAUGCAAAUCGACUCUCUUCUCAACUUCUCAACCUUUUGAACUUUGUAAGCUUGUAAGAUAUUGUGACGUCACAAAGUUUUUUGCCCUACUCUCUUCACUUCCUUAACAUCUGAUUCACAGCUUAAUGUAUGUUGUAAAGAAAAAAACUCUUUAAUUUAAUGCAAAAUGUAAUUAAAAAAAAAAAUGAAAAUAAAAUUCUUGUCAUGAA